UUGUCAUCCAUCGAUCUUUUGUUUACGAUCUCUUCAGCAUACCGGCGACAAUCAUUCUAAAUUUCAAUUUUAUUUUUAUAUUAAUUUAAACUGCUUUUUGUAAGUCACCUAAAAAUGUUUUCGCGACAAAUUACUAGAAUCUUCAACCACUCUAUCGCUCUGAAGCGGCCAUACUGCAGCGACCCAGGACGCAUAGAAAAAACGGUCAACAGCGUCACGUUGCUGGGCCGUGUCGGAGCCGAUCCGCAAAAGCGCGGUAACGAUGCCCACCCGGUGGUCACAUUCUCUCUGGCAACGCAUUCCAACUAUCGGUACGAGUCCGGCGACUGGAUGCAGAAAACCGACUGGCACCGAGUGGUGAUUUUCAAACCGGCUCUACGCGACGCCGUUAUGAACUAUCUGCGGAAGGGACAACGGGCGAUGAUCAGUGGGAAAAUUACCUACGGUGAGAUUACCGACCAGGAAGGCAAGCAACGCCCGACCACCAGCAUCAUCGCGGACGACGUCAUCUUCCUGCAGAACCAAAGUCAGUAGAUUUACAAAAUGCUUCCAAUCAAAAGAAAGGAGAUUCAACAGU